AUGCUCUGGCGCUACAGGAGAGCAGAGCAACACAAGUCGGAGAACUCAGAACUGUAUGGAAGAACCUUAAGGGACAUGCGAAGGAAAAGGAAGAUGAUGGCUGCAGGAUCUGCAGCGCAGAAGAUACAUGUUGUGUCACUCGCUUCUGAGAACGAGCAGGAAAAAGAUGAUGCCCCGGUUGUUGCUUUUCAUCGAGCUGUCGGUGAGUUCCAAGUGAACGAGAGCUAUGUGAAGUACGCGUUACACAUCAUGUCAACUUUGAUGCCACUUUCAUGA